UAUGUCAUAGAGCUAUUAAUUUUAAUUAGUCUUACCGUCAAUUUUAAUUUAAAGCUAUAAUUAAAAAUGUGAAAGGUCAAUUACUCGUGAGUCAAUGUAGGUUAACUUCAUCUAUUACACGAUCGAGUAUCAUAGCAAGUUUCGCAAACCAUUAUUAUUCGUGCUUUCGUAUUGAGACAAUAUAAGAAAAAUGAGUGAGGAACGGGUUAAAAUGCGUAAACAAUUGGGACUGCUGGAAGGUGUCGCUAUAAUAUUAGGCAUCAUUUUCGGUAGUGGUAUUUUCAUUUCACCCAAGGAAGUUUUAGAAAAAACCGGGUCAGUGUGGGGAGCAUUAACCGUAUGGGGUGUAUGCGGGAUUUUGGCAACUUUAGGCGCCAUGUCAUACGCUGAAUUAGGCACAACUCUGGCGCAAAGUGGUGGAGAUUACCAUUACAUAAAUGAAGCAUUUGGACCAUUGCCUGCUUUUCUUUACCUGUGGGAUGCAAACCUCAUAUUUGUGCCCAGUACAAAUGCUAUAAUGGCGUUGACAUUUGCUAACAAUGUAUUGGAGCCAAUUUUUCCUAACUGCUCAAUCGAUCCUUGGAGUAAAAAACUGAUAGCUGCAGUCACCAUUUGUUUUCUAACAUUCAUUAAUGCAUAUGAUGUAAAGUUUACAACUCGCGUACAAAACAUUUUCAUGUUUACAAAGAUCUCAGCACUUAUUGUCAUUAUCAUUGGAGGAAUUGUUUGGAUGGCUCAAGGUAAAGUGGAACAUUUUCAAGACGGCUGGGCCGGAACAAAGACAUCUGUCAGUGAUUGGUCGGUAGCAUUUUACUCUGGGAUAUUUUCUUACUCAGGAUGGAACUACUUGAAUUUCAUGACUGAAGAGUUACGGGAACCAUUUGUAAACCUACCUCGGGCUAUCUAUAUCUCACUACCUAUGGUUACGGGUAUCUAUCUACUUGCCAAUUUAUCCUACCUAGCGGUUUUGGGACCAAUUGGUGUCAGAGCGACAGAUGCUAUUGCCGUUGACUUCGCGAUCGCGUCGCUCGGUUGGCUCCGGUGGUGUAUGCCUGCGCUGGUGGCUAUCGCGGUGCUGGGCGGGCUGUCGGUGCACGUGAUGACGUCAUCCCGCAUGUGCUUCGCCGGCGCCCGCAAUGGACAUAUGCCCGAACUGCUGGCCCACAUCAAUGUGGCUCGGAUGUCACCCCUACCUUCUCUCGUCUUUCUGAUGCUGAUAUCUCUGAUCAUGCUGAUCCCCGACAGUCUGACUUCAUUGAUAACAUACUGCACGGUGGUGGAGUCUUUCUUCACGACGCUCAGCUGCAGCGCGGUGCUCUGGCUACGAUACAAGAAGCCGCAUUUACCGAGACCGAUUAAGGUGGCUCUGUGGAUGCCGAGUGUGUUCGUGUGCGCGAGCGCGGCGCUGCUCGUGGUGCCGGCGUGGAGUGAGCCGGGCGCGGUCGCAGCGGGCGCACUGAUCACCCUCACGGGCGUUCCCGCCUACCUCCUGCUAGUGCGCCACCCACCGCAACGCCUACAGACUAUAUCGACCAAAUUCACCCACACGUGUCAGAAAUUGUUGCUGUCUGCGGUAGAAGAUACGAAAGAGGAAUGAAUACUGCUACAUUAAUGAAAACCUUUCAACACUGCCAAUAUCUCUUCGCUACGUAAUUAUUAUGUAAUUAUUUCAAUUACCCACGCUUACUCUGACCAUUUUAAUUCUAAAUCUCUGUUUACUACAUUAUACAUAUUCCCUUCUUUUACAUACUAAAACCGAAAGGCGUUGCAACAAAAUGUGGAGCCAAAAAUAAUAAUAUCAAAGCAAUACACAGACUUAUAGUACGUGAAAAAGUUUCAAUAAAACUUUAAAAUCUUUUUUAUUUUAUAUCUCUAUGGCACAAAACUUUAUGUUUCAAGAACGCAUAAUGCAAAUAAUACUUUUACUUUGUUAGAAAAAAAACUGUUAGUAAAUUAAUAAAACAGAGUUCUUUUUUAAUGAAUCAAAUGUGUACUUACCAGAGAUAGAUAACAACUAAGCUAUUAAUAUUAAACUGCUUAUUAUUUUAAUUUUAUUCAGAUCUGAAAAUUGUGUCUUAAAUUAUUCUCAUUAGUUACUAAGUUUCUCAAUUGUUUAUGUUAUUUUUUUAUCAAUAUGUUGUAUUUCUAACUGUGGGUUUCUGAGACCUAAUCCCCGUUGAAAAUGCAUAAACAUUCACAGAGAUGAUAUGUUUUAUACAGAGAUUUAGAUCUCAGAAACCGAUUAUUAGUCAUUUUGUAAAAGUUUAAGCUGAAAUGUUAAAAAGGUGCUCCUCAAAUAGAUAGAUAUAUAUAUCAUACCUUGUUUACUAUAUGUUGAUUAGUUUGACAAUUUAUGCCUUUGCAGUAAUUAUUUUUUUUUAUUUCGAUUUGUAACAGACACUUCAUUUUUAUAUAUCUACACAGCUAAAUAAGAAUGAAGUGAAAUAUUGGACAAGGUAUAGUGUUUUUUACGUCAUAAUAUAAUUUUUUUUAUAUGAUUUGCUUUAUUGAAUGUUUGAUUUUUUCCGUUAAAUUGUUUUUACUAGGUUGUGAUUUUGUUUGCUUUUUUAACUUUCUUUCAAUGGGCAGAAAAACUAAAAGCUAAAAGCCAAGAAUCAUCUGUCACCUGUUAAAGUUUUUAUACGAUUUUUAAAAAUUGUUAAAACAUUUUUUUUUCAGUGAAAUUUGACUCAAGUCUUACUGUAGCCACAUUCCACUGAUUACUUUGUAUCUAAAAGUGUUUUUGUGUAUCUGUGGUGUAUUUAGUUCUAUUGUGCUCUUCAUCAUGCUGAUAUUAGCAAAUAGCAGUUUUUCUUCCCAUUUGAAAAAUCUGUAUCACACUUAGUUUCAAAAAGAAAGUGAUAGUAGGUCUCUGAACAGGGAUUUUGGAAAUGGAAAUCCAUGAUACCUGUAAUGUAUGUACACAAAUAUUGGUGUUAAAGUCGAUACCUGUUAUUAUAGCUUAAGAGGCUUGAUUUCGCUUUAAAUUAAAAAAAAAUGCUGUAUAACCUAAUUUAUAAGUAUUUGUGUCUUGAGAUAUGUUUUUAAUUUUGUCGUGUCGUAUUAAAGGCACUUCAUUAUUUGUGACAAAAAUUAUAACUUAAAGCCAAGAAAUUGGUGAAAACUAUUGAGAGAGGAACUAUUACGUAAUGUAUAUCAGAUUGACUGCCGCACUUCAACUGGAGACUCUUAGUAAGAGGGCCAGCUAAAAGUGAGGUUCAAGUUUUUUAUUAAUAUCCUUUGCUUACAAUGGCAAAGCAAUGGCCUCUGUCAGGCAAAUUUUAAUUAUACUCUGAAUUGUGAAUUUUAUAAUAUUAUUUUAUAAACAAAACAUUUUGGUUAAAAUCUCUUAAAGUUGUUGCUCUCUUUGUCUUAUAUUUACUUUAGCUAUUUGAUGUAAUAGGUCUAAGUUUUAAUUACUCAGUGCUUAAUUCGGCUUGUGCUUGAUAAAGUUUGUUCAUAUGGAUUAUAUUUUCUUUUUGUUGUCUAAAUUGUUCUUUGUUUGUUUGGUAUUUAUGGCAACGAUUUCUCGUCGUAGAUAAAUGUUUUACGAUAAUUAUAUUUAUAUUGAUGGCAUU